UAAAAUCAAUUUGAGCGCGGCGAGGCGCACGUGUAGUGCGUUCUAGCAUGAUCGUCCGCUGGCGGGGCCACUUCGGGGCGCCAUAGUGAGCGCCUCCUGGCGGCGAGAGUAACGGUUGACGGAUGACGGGUGACGGGUGGCGGUGCUCUCGGAUCUGCUUGGAUCGUCUUCGGGAUCUUCGGUAGGGCGCGCGGAACGAUGCUUUUCUGGACCAAGAGCUGAGUGAGUGCGCGAGUGUUCGCGAGUACGAAACUUUCGCGGUGCAUACUAAUCGCGAGUUAUUAUACACCGACAAAUGUGAACGGUCGAGACCGUGUUCGUUUCUAGAUUCUGGUGUUCCGUCGAGAUCGAGAUUCGUUGACAGUGGUCCGCCGCUCGACUAUCGUUCUGUGGUCGUUCUUUUCUUUUCAAAACCUGUUCGGUCGGCUUGGACCUAUCGACGGUUUUUGACAACGACGUCGAUGCUUACUGAAAACACCGCUGACACUCAGUUCGUCCACGAGAGACGAUACCCGUUCGAGUAUCGCGGCGACGGCGGUGACGGCGACGUCGUCGUCGAGAGGCGUCUUUUGUCACGGGUCAUUGAGCAACAGCGCCUGUCCAGGUAAGCUGAUUCACUAAUGCUCCAUAAUGUCGCCGUGUUCAACGUCGUCGCCGCCGCCGCCGUCGUCGUCGUCGACGGUGUCUUCGACGUUCUACUCGCAGCUGCCCACCGUGCCAGUGACAUCGUGUCGUUCUCGGUUGCCGUCAACAUUCUUUCCGUUACAAUCGUCGCUGUCGUCAGCAUUGUGGUUAUCAUCGUGCUUGUUAUUGUUGAAACUGGCUUAAAGCACAGCCCAACUCCUUAUCUCUGAGCCAGUCUGCCUUGCUGGUCUUGUUACCAAGUCUGCUUACCAGUAUCUGCAGUCAGGAUGGCUGGCACCAAGACUUCGGGCAGUGUCUUGCAGUUCAGACCUGUAGAGGUCUCGCAAAUGCUGCAGGACGGGGAGAAGUUUGUCAAGUGGGACGAGGACUCUGGGAUAGCCACCCCUGUUACAUUGAGGGUGGACAAGUUCGGAUUUUACUUGCACUGGAUAGAUCAGCUGAAUGAAAUGGAGAUGCUGGAUAUUGCUAUAAUCAGAGACACUCGAACUGGGAACCACGCCAAAGUACCAAAGGACCCGAAGUUGAAGUCGCUCGUGACUGUGGGCUCUCAAGACUCGUUAGAGGAGAAGACGGUGACGAUCUGUUACGGCUCCGACUUCGUCAACAUGAAUUUUAUUAACUUUUGUACGACACGCGCGGAAAUCGCGCAGCAUUGGACAGAGCAAAUUUUCCAGCUUGCAUACAAUUUAACUCUCCUCAAUACCAGCACGACAAUGUUCUUGCAGAAAGCGCAUACGAAACUUAUGCUAACAGCCGAUAAAUCGGAAAAAAUACCUGCGAAGAACAUCAUAAAAAUGUUUGCGCAAAAUAAGGACGACCGUAAACGUGUCGAGAAGGCGCUCGAUAUCUCCGGUUUCCCAUCCGGAAAAAACGACGUGAUAGCAUUGCAGAAAUUUCAAUUCGAGGAUUUCUUCAACUUUUAUAAGUCGCUCACUCAACGCUCAGAUGUUGAGAAAGUAUUCGAGAGCAUUGUAGGCAAUAACAAGCGUAGAUUAAUGUCCGUGUCGCAAUUCGUCGACUUUCUGAACAAAACGCAACGGGACCCACGUUUGAACGAGAUAUUAUAUCCUUAUGCAAACGAGGCAAGGGCCAAGGAUAUCAUAAGUCAAUACGAACCAAAUAAGUGUAAUGCGAACCGGGGCCAGCUGAGCUUCGACGGUUUUCUGAGAUAUCUGAUGAGUGAGGAUAAUCCAAUCGUUGCCACAUCGAAGCUCGAAUUGUCGGACGACAUGGACCAACCCCUUGCGCAUUACUUUAUAAAUUCUAGUCACAAUACAUACUUAACAGGACAUCAACUGACAGGAAAGAGUUCCGUGGAGAUAUACCGUCAAUGUCUGCUAGCCGGUUGUCGAUGCGUGGAGUUAGAUUUUUGGAACGGAAAAUUUGACGAGCCAGUCAUUGUUCAUGGAUAUACAUUUGUACCUGAAAUCAGUGCACGAGAAGUAAUCGAAGCGAUUGCCGAAAGUGCUUUCAAGACAUCAGAGUAUCCUGUCAUUCUUAGUUUUGAGAAUCACUGUAAUCCUAGGCAGCAAGCUAAAAUAGCUCAGUAUUGUAGAGAAUUGUUUGGCGAGAUGUUGCUAGACGCGCCAUUAGAGUCUCAUAAGUUGGAGCCCGGUAUGGAGCUGCCGCCUCCGAGUUUCUUGAGACGCAAGAUCAUCAUCAAGAACAAGAAGAAGCACCAUCAUCACCACAAGAAGCAUAAAAAGAAGCAACAGACGCCGGUCUCUGAGUCUGAAGAAGGAGCUCAAGAGAACGAGGACAACGGUGUGACAAAUCAGCUUCCGGAAGGAGAACAUAGUCCAGCUAUAGAGGCUGCGAAUACCGAAGGCGAGAACAAUGAGCAGAUUGGAAACGGAGAUAUCGGCCAUCCCCCUAUGCUUCAGCAAAGACAGGGUAGCAAGGAUAGUGCCCCGGACGAGGACGAAGACGAAGAAGAGUCGAGCACCGAGGAUGAGGAAUCAAACGUCGAGGACAUUAAACUGAGAAUAGGCGAUAAAGUGCCUGCUCCUGACAAAGCGGCCAGUGCCAAAGAGACAGAGGCUGGGGCCGAAAUCUCAGCGUUGGUUAAUUACGUGCAACCUGUUCACUUCAACAGCUUCGAGUCCGCUGAAAAAAAGAAUCGUAUGUACGAGAUGUCGUCGUUCGACGAGAAGCAAGCCACGACUCUCCUGAAGGAGCGGCCAUUAGAGUUCGUGAACUAUAAUAAACACCAGCUGUCCAGAGUGUAUCCAGCAGGCACGCGGUUCGAUUCCAGCAAUUUUAUGCCUCAAGUGUUUUGGAACGCGGGCUGCCAGCUGGUUGCUUUGAACUAUCAAACGCUCGACCUUGCCAUGCAAUUGAAUCUGGGUAUCUAUGAGUAUAAUCAGCGGUGCGGUUACCUUUUGAAGCCGGAGUUUAUGAGGCGGAAGGAUUGCCGAUUGGAUCCUUUCGCUGAGUCAACUGUUGACGGUAUUAUAGCUGGCACAGUUCAUAUACAUGUGAUAUCCGCUCAGUUUUUAACGGAUAAAAGGGUGGGCACCUACGUGGAAGUAGACAUGUAUGGAUUGCCAGCAGACACUGUGAGGAAGAAAUUUCGCACGAAGAUCGUUCCCAACAAUGGUAUCAACCCAGUAUACGACGAAGACCCUUUCGUGUUUAAAAAGGUUGUCCUUCCGGAUCUGGCUUCCAUCAGGAUCGCCGCAUACGAGGAGUCUGGUCGCCUUAUAGGCCACAGAGUGUUACCAGUAGUUGGAUUAUGUCCAGGAUAUCGUCACGUGUCUCUUAAAACCGAGUGCGGUCAGCCGCUGCCUUUGGCGAGCCUGUUCCUCCGCGUGAUCGUCAAGGAUUAUGUUCCUCAUGGUCUAAGCGAGCUAGCUGAAGCUUUGGCGAAUCCCAUCAAGUAUCAGAGCGAGGUUGAGAAAAGGGAGAAGCAGUUGUCGGUUCUUACAGACGGCUCGGAGGAUCCGCCUUCGGCGGAAGACGAUGAAACGCCGAAAAUUAAAGAGACACCACGCUCCUCUAAACCACCUGAGGAGGCGGUCAAGCCCGAGGUGCAACCUCCGGCUCCGAAUACCCAUGGUAGACCCUCGAUUCCCGCUGUGAACACCACCGAGAUGCAGGACAACGAGGAGGGUUCUACGGCGCCUCCACCUCCGGUCGUGGACAGUUCUGGCAAUAGAAGUCCUGUAAACGCAAGCAAUGCCACAGAAGAGAUAAUGGCAGAGACGCUAGAGAAGCUAAUGGAAAACAAGCUGGUAAAAGAAAAGAAGAUGGAACUGGAGAAGAAGCUAGAAUCUCUCCGGAAGAAACACGAGAAGGAGAAGAUACGGGUGCAGUCGCAGAAGAGCUCCAUCGACGGUGACAAGCACAAGUCGAAGCUCUACAUGAGCCAUAAGCUGGUGAAGCGACUGUCCACCAAAAACAUUUGUUUCUGCAGAUUCUCCAGCGAGGUGGGACUGAGCACCUUGGCUCUAGCCGAGACUUCGGAAUGCACGGAUUUAGAAAAUCGCGAGGGUAAUGGAGGAACCAAGGGAUUAUCAAGGAGUCAGAGCGAGCGUUUGUUGGCCGUGUGCAAGGCUCAUGUGCAACAGGAGCGGGAACUCCAGGAGAAGUAUUACGACAGCUUAUUCGCUACCGUGGACAAGGUGAUGAAGAACUCGCAGACGAACCAGCUGAAGACCCUCAGAGUCCUCUUCGAGCGAGAGACCAGUGAAGUGAAGAAGAAGCUUCAGGCCAGUAGGCAAGGAGAGGUGAAACAGCUGGCAAAGGUACACAAAGACAAAGCCGAACUGAAUCGCAUGAAGCGAGAGGUUGCAAAUUUGACAGUAGAGAAAGGUGUACACGAGUGUAUACGAUUGAAAGAGAUCUACGAGAAGAAGAGGACCGAGCUCGAGCGCCAGCACGAGGAGGUCCGGCAGAGGCUCGAGGAAGAAAGGGCCAAGAUGAAGGAGAGCCUGAUGGCCGAGUACAGCAGUCGCUGUAGCAAAUACGAGAGCGGGGAGCUACCGCUGUCCCCUUCAGGGGGUACGAGUAUGACAGAAUCACUCAGCGGGAACACGUAUUGAGCUGUGUGCGAUCGACGACUUAGUCCCGAGGUGAAAUAACUUGAGGAUUCGCGAGGAGGAUCCACGUGGAACAGAUUUUGCCAGCGUGCAGAUAUCGCUCGCGUGCAAAUCGCUCGCGUGCGACGAGGAGGAAUCGCGCGUGUGCUUCCUCCGGGAAAGAGGAGUCGCGCGACGGCCACGGGUAGGAAAUUGGUCGAGUCUACGCUGUUACCUGUGUUUUUUGCUAACCACAAUUUUUCUCCAUUUCCGUGUAAAGAAAAGUUUCUCUCGCGACGUGUACAGAGCAGCAUUUAACGAGAGUGUACGAAGCAUUUCUGGUGAUAGUUCUCGCGCGCCAGUAGUUUCCACGACGAAUUCGCUGAUACAAGGAGUACUAUCGUGGUAGUAUUUGAGCCGCGUGUUCACACCUGUUCCCGAGGGGCGUUCAUGUCGUUUCCUCGGGAAGGUUUUGAUCUCAACAGGAGGAUAGAGACACGCAUCGCGUUCGCACAAGAAAAGGACGAUCGUUGGAAGCGAGGAGAAGGAGGACGGUCGUUCGUUCGGGUUGUUCGUACUUUCGUUCCGAUAAUUAUCGAUAUUACUUUUUUACGCACAGUAUUAAACGCACCUGUUGUUUUCCUCCAUCCACGCUCGCGAGACCAUCGCCAAACAAAAAUAACGAAAACGGAGUCGAUAGGAGCCCUCUCUGUUUUUCACGUACCUCUGCGCGAAAUUAAACUUUUCGGGAAGGCGCGAGUGUGUGAACGACCCAUCGCGGAAAAGAAAAGGUACACGAUUCUAAAUAAGAAUAAUCUUUCUAAGUGCUACUAUUUAAUCUUGUUAUUAUAUGUAUAAGGCGUUAUUUAAUUAGCGAGGUGACGAACGCGUUCCAAGAUAUUAUUACUCGGGUUAUACUCGUGAAUGUUGUAGGAAUCGAUCGAUCGCUACAUAAUAAUCGGACCUCAGGAAACUUGAAUCUAGAGAGAGAGAGAGAGAGAGAGAGAGAGAGAGAGAGAGAGA